GUACCAUAUAGGUCGUAGAGCUGAAUUGUCUAUAAUAUCUGUGAGCGCUGUGUUCUAAUCUCUGUUUGGGUUUCAAUCAACAAUAUGUCCAGACAUGAAUCUCAAUCGGUCCUUCACCACCCUUCAUUCGGUAGACGCGCCGACACAGCGCGGAGCGGAUGCACCUGCUCCCCGAGAUGGCAAUCGACAUGAGUGCCCCAUUCCUCCCUUACCUUGCUCCUCUGGCUGUGGUGACCUAACAUGUACGGAGCGGAUGAGUGGCGUGAUAUUGGCAGGAUGGACGCAUGGCGAUGAUUUAUUGAGCGGAACUCGGGAUGCAACUUUCGCAGACUACUCAGCGAUGGUCGUGAACAGUUCUGCGGUAUUCUUGGGCGUGAUCUCGAUGCUGACCAUGUUCUGCUGUUAGGGUGGCUUCUACGAGAUUCUGUAGCACAGAAUUCAGUUUUCAUGUCGAGAAUUAGUUCAUUCGCUUUGGGCCUUGUCCGAAGGGCAAUUCAGAUGGAGCGGAGUCUCCUACCUGAACGGUCGCACUCCGCUCCACCCUCUCUUCUCCUCGGCUACUCCUGCUGUGCGUCAUCGCGGAACAUGGAGUGGACGUGUCCAAGUCGCGGUGGGCUCCCGAUGGGAUCACGGUGGGCUGAUGCAUGGCGAAAAUCGUGCCCUGUCCACCGUCCAUGGCAUGACUAACGGCGACGCAUGCCGAGCGAAGAAGCGAAGUUCCUUGUGGGCUGACACUGUGGCGUGGUUUCCGCUCCUCCCCGCUCGUAUUUGUUUAUUCGCACAGCGCUGUGGCUCGUCGUUGUCUUGUGCGCCUUUGUGCAGCCUGUAGUGCUGAAAGCUUGAAAGCUUGUGGGUUUGAGUUUGGUGAUG